UGACCCCCAUGGUUCCGAUUUUGUUUACGUGUGAAUGAGUCACAGUUUGUAGAGAGAUGCGUCUUGUUUUGAUGUAGAUCCUCACGUUUGUUUUUUAAUCUUUUAUAGUUUUAAUCUAAUAUAGUGAUCGGAACAUGACGCGGUUGUGGUUCGUCGUUGCCGUUCUGCUGUGGACUGUCUUGGGUUCUGAAGCAAAAGCGUUGCCUUCCCUUCCCGAUUUUGGGCGUGCUUAUCAUGUGAAAGGAGUGAUUUUGUUGCCCUAUGCUGAAAUUCGGGAGCCCUUUGAGGCCUGGUUUGACCUGAAGGCAAAGUCCAGCCGUAUAGACUACUACCAUGGACAAGUGUCAACAUACCAGCUGGGGGCCGAGCAGCCAUGGGGGGUUUCCUACAAGAUCACCCCCGAGACCACCGAGGAAGAGCUGAACGUAAUGAAAUGCUUCCAGGUCAACGGGACCAAGGAGGAACCCGUCAAGACCCAAGCGGCCCUGCCUGACGUGGACGGCUUUCAGUUCCUAAGGAUGGAGUACUAUAGCGGCUCCCUAUGUGAAGUGUGGCAGAACGUGACCACCGUUGGCAACAAGAAGAACACCUACACGCUGUGGGUGACCCGAUCGGAGAAGCGGGCCGACGGCCGGACGGAUCCGGCCACGCCUCUGCACUACGAGAUGAUGGGCUACAACACGCUGCUGGGCUCCCAUUUUGACAAGUACCUGGUGGAUUAUAAGGAGUUCUCGUCCAACGUGGACCCCAUGGUGUUCUCCCUCCCAGAAGGUAUGACUUGUGGAGGAUUCCCCGGUCCAGGAGUGGAGCAUCACAUGCUGGCCAAUCCCAUGAAAGAUCUCAUCCACACGUCGUCUUUGGGCCACUCGCGGCGCAUCUUCGACCAUUUUAAGGAGAAAUUUGAGCGUCGGUACAGCGACCAGAGGGAGCACGAGGAGAGAGAGCAGGCUUUUCUCCACAAUCUCAGAUACGUCCACUCCAAGAACAGAGCGGGACUGUCCUUCACAUUGGCGCUCAACUCCCUGUCUGACCGCACCAUGUCGGAGAUGGCCGCCAUGAGGGGACGCAAACGUGGAAAGACCACCAACCGAGGACGCCCAUUCCCCACCCACAAAUAUGAAGGAGUCAAAGUCCCCGAGUCACUGGACUGGCGCCUUUACGGCGCUGUGACGCCAGUGAAGGACCAAGCCAUCUGCGGCUCCUGCUGGAGCUUUGCCACCACGGGGGCUUUAGAAGGAGCUCUCUUUUUGAAGACGGGUUCCCUGCAGGUUCUCUCCCAGCAGAUGCUUGUGGACUGCACGUGGGGCUUUGGUAACAAUGGCUGCGACGGCGGCGAGGAGUGGCGCGCUUACGAGUGGAUCAUGAAACACGGAGGCAUUGCCACGACCGAGACCUAUGGUGCAUAUAUGGGCAUGAACGGCUUUUGUCACACCAACGCAUCGCAGCUGACGGCGCACGUCCAAAGCUACACCAACGUGACGUCGGGCGACGCCGACGCGCUGAGGUUGGCGCUGUUCAAGAACGGACCCGUGGCCAUCAGCAUCGACGCCGGGCACAGAUCCUUCGUCUUCUACAGCCACGGCGUCUACUAUGAACCCGCCUGCGGUAACACCACCGAUUCACUUGACCACGCCGUGCUCGCCGUGGGAUACGGCAUCUUAAACGGAGAGCCCUACUGGUUAGUAAAGAACUCAUGGUCCACCUACUGGGGCAACGACGGCUACAUCCUCAUGUCCACCAAAGACAAUAAUUGCGGCGUUACCACCGACGCCACCUACGUCACAUUAGCCUAGAAAAUUUACGAUAUAUUCAAUUUACAUGAUGUGCUUCUGAUGAAAGAAAUCAAUGGAGUCGCUCUUCAUUUUGAUUUUAAACUACGUGAUGCUGGAAUUUUAAAUUUGGGAGAUUUUUUUUUAAUGCCACUAUUCAAGUUGCCUGUGAAUGAAUGAGUGAAAAAAUGUGCAGAAAUAAAAUUUGUCAGCGUGAAUCA